UCAGCGGGCAGAGAUGGCGGACAGGCGGCGGCGACGCGCUUCUCAAGACACCGACGAGGAAGACGACGACGUGCCCCGGUCGGAGUUGGAAGUCGUUCCGUCCGUCCCUUGCAUCUUGGACUUGUCCGGCGUCCAGGCCCGCGAAGUGGAGUCAGAGUGUGAGAGUGAAGAUGGCAUAGAAGGCGAUGCUGUUGUACUUUCAGAUUAUGAAAGUGCUGAAGAGAAUGGUUCUCAAAAAUCCGAAGAAGAUGGUGAAGAAUAUAGUGAUGAGGAAGUCCCAAAAGAGGAAACAAAAAAAACAAGCAAUGAAGGGGAUGAGGAUGAAUCAUCAAAGGAAGGAAAGCCUGAAGAGAAAGGAGAGAUUACUGGAGAGAGACAGAGUGGAGAUGGACAGGAGAGCACAGAACCUGUUGAAAAUAAAAUAGGUAAAAAGAACAGGCGGCAAUUGGACGAUGAUGAGGAUCGGAAAAACCCUGCCUAUAUUCCACGGAAAGGACUCUUCUUUGAGCAUGAUCUAAGAGGUCACACUGAACCAGAGGAAGUGAGGCCCAAAGUCCGACAGCGCAAGCUCUGGAAAGAUGAAGGUCGAUGGGUGCACGAUAAGUUCCAAGAAGAUGAGCAAGCACCUAAAUCCCGAGAUGAACUUAUUUCCCUGUAUGGUUAUGAUAUUCGAUCAGAUAGAAAUCCUGAUGAAAUAAGGCCGAGAAGGAUCAGGAAGCCGAGGUUUAGAAGUCCUCAAAAUCGAGACCCUGAUUGGAUGGAUGAACCACCACCAAGGCCUUACCUGCGUAAAACCACCAAUAGCAUACCUUCUACAAGAACUUUUAACCGAAGGAUAGGAGGAUCAGAACGGAGAUCUCCAGCAAAGAAUUACUCUAAAAAUGCUUCUUAUAAUGAAGAUCGUGAGAAUGUGAAACCCGUUGAAAUAAACAGUUCAAGAAGUUAUCACUCUUCAGGAGAGUUGUCCACCAGUGAAAAUAAAAUGGAUACAAAGAACAUAGAACAGAGUCAUGUGAGAGAGAGUGUGAUUGUAACAGAUGGUUUACAGUCAGUGAAGAGUAAUGGUGUGACGAGAGAAGAUGGCUCCAUACAAAAUCAAUCCCUUCCUACUGAGAAUGUGCCACAGGUACAGGAGAAAACAAUAGAAAAGAAAUCCUAUUCCCGUAUUCGAAGGACCAGGAACAAAGUCACCGAGGUAGGGAAGCCACAGCCUGUGGAGGAGAAUCCUGUCCCAGGUUUGGUUCCUCCAGCUCAGCAGAUACCUGUUCAACCUGUCCCCCCACCAGUAUCAAAGGCUGGCCCCUGGGAGACCCCACCCGUAGACUCUGCUGUGACUGGGCUAGAGCGUGAGAUGACCCAAAUUAAUUUAUCGGGGAAAAACUGGACUCCAAAUAGUCAACCACAAUAUGUACAACCAAGAGAACUCCGGGGUGUUCCCAAUUCACUACACAUGAGUGCUUCUCCUGCUCAAUAUAACAGAGUGGAAGAAAUGGGCAGCCAAGCAAGACGGGCAAAGCGUUACUCAUCUCAACGACAACGGCCAGUACCCGAAGCAGCACCACCACCGCCACCACCCCCUCCAGCACCUGCACCAGCACUGGGUCCGGCCCCAGCUCCAGGCCCUGCUCCUAUGCACAUUGGCCUCAUGGAAGGACACUACUACGACACAUUACAAUUUCAAGGACCAAUUUACACCCACAGUGAAAGUCCAGCUCCUCUGCCACCUCAGGGCAUGAUUGUCCAGCCAGAUAUGCACCUUCCUCAUCCAGUUCCAGGUUUUAAUCACCACCAGUCACCUGGCCACCUAACAAACACUGGUCUUUACGCUCCACAAGUUCCAUUGCCAUCUGGACAACCACCUCCACCCCAGGUGCUACCCCCUCCCUUCUUCACUCCUGGAAUGAUGAACUAUGGAAAUCCUAGUUAUCCAUACACAACUGGAGGGCUCCCACCUCACAUUUAUCCAACUACUCAGGCCCAGUCUCAGGUCUUUGGUGGAGUCACUUACUACAACACUGUACAGCAGCAGGCCCUGCCAAAGCCAUCACCUCCAAGACGACAAUCGCAGCCUGUUACUGUUAAACCACCGCCACCUGAGGUACUUGAUACAUCCGUCAUCUGGUUUCCAUGCAGCUUAGGACAGCCGAAAUGAAAAGCUGAAAGAAAGGAACGAAGCUUAGCUACCAGGGAAUUCUGUCCACGGAUUUAAACAGAAAUGAAUUCAUGUGGACAAUCGGUCCUCUGUUCAUGUGUUGGACGCCCUGCUGACUUGACGAUGCUACUAAUGUCGCUAAUGUUUGCAGCCGUCGUUUAACUCUGGCUGCAGGACUCACCAGUCGGUCUUUAACAAUGCGCAGCUACGAGCAGAAUUGGCUCUUUGGGGGCUUGCCCUGUAGCAUUUGACAAGUUGUGGUUCUUGAGCAGCUUUCCAUUACUGUGUGAAUGGUAACAUUGUGGAAAUCCAGCAGUCAAGGUCUGAUUUUAAAUUUGAAUCCCAUAUGAUCAAGUGCAGCUGAACAGAUUCAAAAUGAGUAUAGCAAUAAUCUCCCAACCACUGAGCCUUCAUGUUGAUUGGUAUUGAUCCCUUUACAGGUUAGUUUGCUGUAGCUUUGUCUUUCCUCAGCUUUCAAUACACAUUUAUUAAUAUUUAAUUCUAAAGUUACUUAAGAGGACUACUUUUGCCCAGUGUACAGUCGUAUAUGCAAUAUGGAGAAGUGGUUAACUGGUUUCCUCUUUUGCAGUGAGAGAACAGAAGUAUCUAAAUGUAGUUUAGUUCUAAGCCUAGCAGUUACGGUGUUCUUGCAGGCAGGGUACUAGUUCAAAAACUAUUUCUUUUAUUUAUUUAAUUCAUCCUUUUCUUUAAAAAAAAUUCCCCAUGAUACCCUUACUUUCCCUCACAUCAGUUGUGAAUGCUACAUUGCCAUACUGUGCACCUUGCUUAGAGGUAGACGCUACCAGAUGGUAGUUUUUUUAAAAAAAGAACAUCGCAAUGAAAUACCUGGCACUGAAAUGAGGUUUUUCUUUUACAUUGCAUUAACUUCAGAAAUGAAAAAAUGUUCCCUUGGAAACAAAAAAAAAUGAUGAAAUGCAGUUGGCUUGUGCUAUUUGAGAUUGGAUUGUGUUCAUUUAAUAUCAUCUGCCACAACUGAGGGAAGCAUGACUCAGUGAUUGUUUUUAUAUUCCUGUUUUAAUUACAAUAUCAACUGAAGAUCUUCAUCCAAUCUGUAAUACACUGUAUUAGGGAGAGAACAGACAUGAUCCAGUGAAUAUGUCUCUGUUCUAGAUGGCAGCAUUCAUCCUGUAUAAGAGCACUUUACUUGGGUACAUCCUUGACGUGUUGAUUUGAGGCAGUGUGACCAUUGAUACAAUAAAUAGACAUGAGCAAAGUAACAUUGAGGAGGAAAGUCUAGGUGUUGAAAAUUUUGUUGACCAAUUAUUUUUCAACCUUCUGUUUAGGUCAAAGCUGAAAAUUAUUGACAUGAUUCAUGAAUGAUUGGGGAUUAUGAGUAGUGAAUUGUAGUGUUACAUUAUCCAUUCUGCCACAGAGCUUGUUUGCAUUUAUACGGCAUUGCUUACCAGGAGGCUUUGGUGGCAAAAAAUAGGUAUUGUAUCACCGCAUUUACCAGGCCGUGGACCUGUAUGUUUCCUUGUUUACAGACCAGAGCAUUGAUGCUGUUAACUUGGAUUAAUGUGUCUGCUACUCCUGGGGUCUGUCCAGCCUGUAUCUGUUAGGCCGCUUAAGACAGAUUGUUUAUAUGUUGAAUGCUGAAUAAUAAGUGUGUAAUUAUUCCUUUGCAAAAGACAACUUCUAGUUUAAAAGAAAUGUCAAAAUACUGCAGAGUGUAAACUUUUAUAAAUGUUAAAUUUAAAUGUAAUAAAGUUGUUUUUUUUCAUUAUUUUGCCUUAAGAAGAUUUAAAUGUAUUUGUCAAUUCCACAUAUCAGUUGUGUGACUAAUCUAGACCCCUGAACACUGUGAUGGCUAGUUUUUAAUCUUCUUAGAAAUGGAGAUUUGUAAUCAAUAUUUUUGUUGCCAUUUGGUGGACACAGUUUAAUAAAGUGUGGAUA